CAUGGCCACCUCCUGCUGCUGCUGCAUGGCCACCAUCCCGGUCCCCAGGGGCCAGCCCUGCUCUGUGUCGGGGUGGUGGCAUCCUGGUUCCCAGGGGCCAGCCCUGCUCCGUGCUGGGGUGAUGGCGUCCUGGUCCCCAAGGGUCAGCCCCGCUCCGCCCCCUUUCUCAGCCAGAAAUAACUGCUGUCCCGCGGCCGGACCUUGGCAUCUGGGCUGGAGCCCAGCACGGGUCAGGGCGAGCGGCUGGGAGCCCGGGGGUGCCGCGGAGGGCCAGCCAGGACCACCGAGCGGCUGGUGGCCACAGCUUGGCUCCAGCCCCAUCCCCAGCCGCAGCAGGAGAGCAUCUUCGGUCCCCGGCGUCCGGGGCGUCCCCUGGCCAGGUCAAGGAGCCGGGCAGGAUCUCUCCCCCUCCCACCUAACUGCCCCAGGAGCACGGAAGCAAGUGAUGACCAUCAUGAGACCGGGCCCUGAAGACGCACCCCGGCUGGACCUGGGCAAGAAGAUGAGCGUGCCCCAGGACCUGAUGAUGGAGGAGCUCUCCCUGCGGAACAACCGCGGCUCUCAGCUCUUCCAGCAGCGCCAGAAGCGGGUGCAGCGCUUCGUCUACGAGCAUCCCAGCGGCUACAGGCAGCUCCAAGGGACGGGUGGCUCACACCGCCCCGAGAAAGGUGACCCGGAGGGGACAGCAAACGAGUGGACGGCAGGGGAGGAUGCCGGGGGCCAGCAGAGUUAUCACUCCGAGCUCCACGUGGCAGCGUCGCCCCAGGGUGGCCCCCCCGAAGUGCCCAAGAAGACGGAGAAAGUCUUGCAGAUGAGCAAAGUCCUCAACCCCGAUGCUCUGGCCCCAGGAUACUCGGGCCCCCUCAAAGAAGUCCCCCCGGAGAAGUUCAACGCCACCGCCAUCCCCAAGGGCUACCGCUCCCCGUGGCAGGCGCUCCUCGGCGACAAGGACAACGCUGUGCAUGGCAAAAACCAGCCGCCCGUGAGACCCACUCCGUGGGACUUCAGGAGCUUCAACAGGACUCCCGCCCCCUUCGACAGAGCACUGGUCAGCGACCUGUUCUCGGCGCCUACCACCGAGCUGGACAACCUGAGCGCUCUGGAGGUGAUCUCCUACAGACCCAACUUCAACAGAACGCCGCAAGGCUGGGUGCGGAUUCUGCCGGAGAGCGAUGAGCUGUAGGCGGCCGCGCGCUCCCUUCCCCAUCGCCACGGAUGCUUUUCUCGCCAGACUCAAACAUACUUCGCACGGUAGGGGAGAGUGUUCUUUGCGAAAGCUAAGCUAGUGGUCGCGGGUUGUCAUCCUCUCCAGCGGGAUUUGAACAAGCUCAAGUCUGGGACCAUUUGGAAUUCCCCUCCUACCAGCCAUUGUCACAAGGGUGUUUAGCGCUAAGCUAACCAGCCAAGCCCUCCUCGUUAAUCCAAGCAGAUCACUGUGAACUCCCGGACAAAGCAUGCCGUACAGCCUGUCCUCGUGGAAAAUGGCAGGACUCACCAAGCUGUCUCGCUGCUUCUUCACCGGCACGCAAGACCUGCUCCGACAGCUGGUGCCUUUGGAGAGAAAUUCCACCUUCAGGACAACUCUACAUCUGUCAUUCCGGUCAGGACAGUGAGAGGAGGUGAUAAUUGAAGAGCAGCAGCAAAACAAGUUACCAGAGGGACUGGCGCGUUAAAAGCACUUACCUUGGGCCUGGCUGGACAACAGAAACAAGUGAGGAGCUGGAAAUCUGCCUGUUCACCAACACAGCACAACCAGGAUAGAUGGGAGAGGAACAUUGGGAAUUGGAAACUUGUGCCCCGUUUUCCACAAGCUACUGGCUAGCACUUGGCAGCUGUUAUUUUCCCCUUCCUACUGCUAUUUGCAUGCCUUGCUUAAACACCGAAGCCCUUUGAUGGACUUACGCCAGAUGCGCUUCAUACAGUUGGUCGAUAAGGAUCAGGCCCUGCCUGGACCCUCCGCACUGCAGAAUUGCGCCCGUCUGAGGAUCCUGAUGGGGUAUUCCGGCAACUUCAGCAUCAGCGGGAAGGAAAAGCGGCGCAGCCAUGACUCCGGAGCAAGCGCAGGCUUCCCCCUGAACGCAAAAAUCAGCAGCGAGGAUUCAGCUACACGAAGGUUUUCAGCAGUGACACACAGCAGGACACGCCGCUAACAACAGGCUAUCGGACAGUCGUCAGAACAUCUGGAAAACCCCACUAACCGCUAACAAAAACUCUAACUUAACACCGGCUUUCUACAAUUGCUUUUGUCAGGUUCUUAACGCUACCCUUACUUCAUCUUGCAAAAGCAGGCGCAUCAGGAUAAAAGUUUCUUUUUCCACCGCCGCGGUUGAAUCGGGCAAGUAAAUUUUGUGGUUAAAGUGCAGUUAACAGCCGCCUCGCUUGUGAAGUGUAUUUGUAAUGCCGUGCGGACUGAUGCGCAGAGGAAAUCCCACACAGGGAUGCUGCUGCCGCAACACCCCAUUCAGGCAGGAAACUUCCAUUGCUCUGUUCUUCCCCCAGAAGCAGGAGGGGACAAGCAAAUGGAAAGAGAAAAGGUCUGUUCCGUAAACGUUAAGAAUCUACGAUGAUUCCAAACCCUUCUCCCUCCUCGUUGUCCAUCAGUUGAAGAACCCGUGUACCCCAGGGACCUGGCUAGACAUAAUAAAUAAAUUGCGAUAAUGUAAAGCCUGCUGGCAUUCGAGAUCUGUCUGCUCAGCGCUCACGGCCCUGCCUGCAGAGAUGCGGGGCCAGAGCCGUGGCACACGCUGCAGCCCUCCCACGUCCCCAGCAGCCCUCUGCCCGUCCUCCAACAGCGCCCUGGGGCAGCUCGGACCUGACAAACUCACCACCUGCGCCCAGAUCAUACAGGACACCACUCGGAACUGAGUGGACCCGCUGUCACUGCCAGCUCCGCACCUCGGCUUUGGCAGCAGCCAAAUAAAAAUCGAAGUUCUCGGCCACUCUGCUCCAGGAAGCAGGCUCUAAGCAAAGUGUUGAAAAUUUCAAAUAUUUUAAUGUGUUUUUUUGAAAAACAAGCAAAUGAGGCUUCAGAGCAAGUCCCGUCAUGUUUUGCUUUACAGAAAGAUGUCCACAGAUCCAUUGCGUGAAAGCAGCCGACGCACAGAUAAAACUUAAAAUCCUCCAGCCCCACAUACACACGUUACACAGCGCAGGCUCCGUGCAGGACACGGGUGCUCCUGGGCAACCACUAGAGCUGGAGCACAGAAAGAGAAGUUUCACCUCUUACCAAAGCAGGACAAAGCGGGAUCCAUCUCCCAGCUUAAGAGGAGACUGUAUCCACAGGCCACGAAAGCCCCAGUCAUGCUCCAAAUAUACCCCGGAGAAGCUUGCAGCCGCGCCGCGUCCCCCCGCUGCAGCUGUCAGCAACACAAGCCCAGCCUCGGGGGGCCACGGGGGGCUGUCACCGGGCUAAAACAGGCAACCGCUAAACUGUCACCCCACAUCACGCUGCACUACCCACGGUCUGCUUGCAAGAACUAACACUUCUCUUGCUCAGGACAUGCAGGAUCAGAGGUGAAGCAUCAAAAAAGGUUUUGUUGGUUUUUUUAAGCGAGAUGUCAGGAAAAAGGAAGGAGGAAAAUUCUGUAACAAUAGGAAGGCAAAGCCAUGGGUUUGGCACAUCUGAUAAGCUUGUUUUUCAGCUUGGUUUAAUACCUCAUUAGAAUAAUAAGUCAUUACCCGU